GCGUUAGCAGUUGAGGGAGUGUUUUCGUUCGUUUAAUUAAUGUUGUAUCAAUGGAGAGGUUUAUCUGCACAAGCGGUUCCAAAAUUGUUCUAGCUUCUAUCCAUUAUCUUUCAAUUACAUGCAUCAUGAAUCAUUUUGUAUCACAAACUUCAUUAAUGAAUUUACAGUCUGCAAAAAUAAAGACCAUCAUUUUAGACAAAUAACAUAAAUUUGUCUUUACUGUGCGAACUUAGAGACACUAUUGACUAGUGCAUCUCAUCCUAAUCAGAAUAUAUUCUAGAUCUGCAUCCAAAAAUACUCUGUAUACUGGUAUAACAGAACUUCAUAAAACGACUGAUCAUUUCAAUUAGCAAUGGCAACUGUGCAAACAUUAUCUCCUUCAUCAGAAGGAAGGUGCAUUUUACAAUUGUCCAAUACUGAUACCAUUAUCACAAAUGAACAAGACUUUCUGAAAAAUGACAAUGGCAUAAAUUUUUCAAGUGCCCCUGAAUUUGUUGAAAGUGAGGAAAAUGUUAAUCAAAUUCAUCAGGCGGGAAAUAGAGGUAGAGCAAGAAGACGCAAGAGAAGGAACAGUUUUAAUGAACAUUCUAAUAUGGGUAGCAGCUGCAAUCAUCAAAACGGGAAACGUCGCAGAGGAAAUUGCAAUCAUCAUAAUCAUCACAAAAGGCAAUUGAACGCCGGUGGAAGAAUCAUCCUUCCUAAUAAGUUCUUGUUGGGUGGUAAUAUAGCAGAUCCUUUAAAUCUCAAUUCAAUGAUGGAUGAAAAUGUCUGCCGUGCUCUCAAUGCUGUUACACCUGCCUCUUCGCCACUUCCUCCAAGAAAUUCAACAGUUGAUAUUGUGAUGCCAACUGAUGUUACAGAUCCUUUAGGACUCAAUGUUACCAGCUUUGGAACAGCAACUAUUGUUCCUGGAGAAAUAUCCAAACAAAAAGGCAAGAAAAAGCGCCGCCGCAAAAGUCAUGCAACAAAGCAGCAAGAACACCGACAAAAUUCAGACGCAACAUCGAAUAGUGAUGAUCAGAAAGAUAUAGGAGGCAAAACGCCGCCUACUGAUCUAACUACAUAUAUCAAAGAGGAAACUUCAAAAAAGACGGAUGGACGAAUUAAGAAAAAACAACAUUCUCCACCCGAAGUUAAUACUCUGAAUUUGCCUGCAACACAGGCUCAUAUUAGAGACCCAAUUGUGUCCCCUGUUGUUCCACAAGACACACGUCGCUUUCGAUCGACCAUCAGUCAUAAAAAUAGAAGACAGCGCAGAUCUGGUUUCGGGAAGCCGUCUACAAGUGAUGCUGGAAUGCAAACGGACUCCUCUGUUAUAUUAGAAGAACAUCUAAGAUGCGGAAGUGAAAAAAUUCCAGACAGAAAUAUUUUUUCCCCACCAAAAAGAAGAAGAACUGUCAGUGAGAAUUUUAUACCUGCAUUAUAUUGGAAUGAUGAUGAUGGAAAAGGAGUCAGGAUAAGAAGUUUCCAUCACAGUCCAGUCAAGAAAGACUUCACAAAAGACUUCAAAGCUUUGUUGGUGAAACCGAUAUGUGGAAGGUUAGCUGAAGAGGAAGCAAAUGCUGGUAAAAGUCCAGCUCAGAACUACAUGAACAAAGAAAUUAGAUAUGAACAGGAAAAGGACCAGACUGCAAUUCAAACUUCAAACAUCACAAGUAAAAAACAAAGCAAUUAUGAGCCAAAUCAAAAUUUCACCAACCAUAAAACUCACAACAACGAGGGAAUGUCAAGUCAAAGUAAUAAUAAAAAGCCAAGCAAGAGACCGCAAACUGCACAUUUCCAAUAUGGAAACUACAACAAGUAUUAUGGGUAUAGAAAUCCAGAGAAGUUCAAGGACAUCAGAAUGGAAAAUUUGAAAAAGGACUGGUUCAAAGAUAAAGAUGUCCUGGAUAUCGGUUGUAAUGCUGGCCAUCUGACUCUUCUGAUUGCUCGUGAUUAUGAGCCUCGAAAAAUUGUUGGGAUCGAUAUUGAUGACAGUCUGAUAAGAACAGCAAGAAAUAACAUUCGACAUUAUGCGAGUGCCCGAAAGAGCUCCACAAAGUUUCCUUCAUCUAUGGCUAUUAGUUUUGGUCCACUAGCGUGUCCACCUAUUGAAACUGGUAAAGAUGAAACAACGGCUGCUUUUCCAAACAAUAUUAAUUUUUUUCAAGGAAAUUAUAUCCCACAAAAAGAUGAAUUUCUUCGUUUUCAAGAACCCGAAUAUGAUGUUGUCAUGUGCAUGAGUGUUUCCAAGUGGGUACAUUUAAAUUGGGGAGAUGAAGGAUUAAUUCGAAUGUUUAAAAGAGUUUUCAAGCAACUUCGUGCGGGAGGAAUGUUUAUUCUGGAACCACAACAAUGGAACUCUUAUAAAAGCAAAAGAAAACUAUCGGAGAAGCUAAAUGAAAAUUUCAAGUCAAUCAAGCUGUUUCCAGAAUCAUUUCCAAACUUGCUGCUUAAAGAAAUUGGAUUUGAAAAAGUAGAUCAUCUCAAUUUGCAAGCUCGAAACAAGAAUGCUGGUUUUCAAAGACCAAUACAAGUUUAUUACAAACCUGAAUGAACAAAUAAUGAUAUGCUUGAAGAUUCACAGCAUUAACUUUCAAAGAGUUUCUGAACAAUUCUGUUUUGCUUUCAAUAACUUCACCAGAAUGUUCCCCAUAUUCCAUUUAAUUGUGUAUGAUGCGCUAUGUAUUUCAACUGUACUUUUGUUCUUGUCACAGUGUUCUGACAAUAUUAUAUUCUGUUCAGAGAGUGGUGGCAUAGGUGGCUGGUGUGUGUAUCAACAGUAGAUAGAGAAAUUGCUUUGGUGUAUAUAUAUAUAUAUCUAACUCCUUGCUUUUUGGUUAAAUUGCAGAGUUGUUGUUGAAUUUGUUGGAAGUCUGCUUUGAGUUUUAAAUAAGAUAUAGUUCAUGGGUGGGAACUGCGACUCCUGCUACUAUUUCAACAGGGGCACCCAUAUUCAAUGAGUGUACAAUAUGUCAAAAUCAUUCCACAAUGAUGAUCUGAUUAGUAAAAAUCUAUACUCCGCUAUUUGAAACAUUAGUUUAAUGCUGAUGAUAGAAUACAUGAAACCGUGUUGUUGAAUAUUGCAUAAAGCAAACAUAUUCUGAUUCUGUUGUUGAGCGAUGUUUUGUGCUAUAUUUUGGAAUAUAAAGUUGUUGUGUUUGGCAUAUCAGCAAUAUCGAGAAUUAUCUGGGCUCCCUCACCAAUGUUGUAAAUAUGACCGCUUGCUGCCUUGGUUAUCGAAUGAAUUGGUAUGGUAUAUCCAGAGACUGUGGCAAAAUUUGUCUGUGGAGUACAAAUGGUCACAUCAAGAUUAAUUUGUAUUUGCUUGUUUUAUUAAGGUGUCCUUGUUUUAUUGAUGCUAUAUUGUUUGGUUUUCCAACCUCUUUUUUUCAGUUCUUUAUCAAUGUACAUAAUGUAAAUGUAUUGUGUCAACUGUCAACAAUUUAUAGUGCUCGCUACAACUUUUAUAUAUGCCGUUCUAGUGUUGGGUGCCACACCAUGUUAUACUUUAUAUUAUUACCUUAUUUUACCUGUCACUCGUGGUAUUGCUUUUUCCUGAAAAUUUAUUUUAUUAUGAAAACAAAAAGACCAAAAAAAUAGUGAAAAAAAGUUAAAAUUGCCCGAAUGAGGGGUAUGUGACAUGGUUUUUGAAUUCAAAAAGUUUUUGGCACUUAUAACUGAAUGGUAUAGAUAAAAAUACUCGUUUACACUAAAUUUAAAACACAUUAGACUCACACUUCGGGGUUUUGAAAAUAGAUGAAAACAGUGUUGUGAGUUACUCAAAGCUUCUCAUUGUGCUAACAUAUCAAGUCAUGGUUUUGCUCCUUACAAUUUAUUGCAUGAAUAUUAUUAUCAAGUUUGGUUUUAAGUUGUUAUGAACUGUUGUUUUUCAAGUACCGAUAUUCUGUUCAAUAUGUUACAUUUUGGAGAGUCUUCCGAACUGAUGUUGCAAGAUUGUGAUACAAUAAAAAGAGAUUGUGGCA